AUGCCCGUUCAAACCAGUCCACCGUCACUCCCGGACUCGUUCCCGACCUUCAUGUCAGUUUUUGGUGGGGGUUUGUCCGAAUAUUCCGAGAAGGAGGAGCAGAACGCGGCCCUCAAACCACUCCGAGUGCCCACCCAUGUUACGAUCAACACUUCGAGACGCCCACUCCCAUUCCAACACCGGGAGAGUAUCUCGUCCAUGACAUCCGCCUCCACCGAUUCCUCUCCGACCACCACUAUCUCGACGUUCGACUCGCCCUCGGGGCCCGAUACGUCUCCCAGCUCUUCCCCGGAAUCCCCGUCGGCGAUGCCGCUGUCAUACCCGAAAUUCACGCCGCCCGUGCGCAACAUCGAGAGCCAGACGCUCUCCGCACCUCAGAACAACCUGCCUAAAAUGCCGGCGGACAACGUGGCCCCGGCGCGCCCGGAUUCGCCUGGAAGACGCGCCCGCAACCUCAAGAACCUGUCGUUGAGAAUGCCUCCGCCCUCCAAUUCGUCUCGUCCCCCAAUUGCAACGGCUUCGAUGGUCGAAACCUCAUCCCACCAUAACCUAUCGGCUCCCCCGUCCCCGAUGCACGCUCCGCCCAGGAGCAGUCGGCGGAAGCCCGCGAAUCUCACCAUCCGAACACCCGGAUUCGACAGAUCGUUCUCUAAUAACAUCCCCGAGCUCGUCCCUCCCACCCCGCAUGCGCUACGACACACGGAAUCUUCCCCUUCGUUGACGUCGGUCUUCUCCCCGUCUUUUGGCCCGAAGGGUGGCAUGCAACUCCCCCGACCCAUGACGCAUCAUGGCAGCCGAAGGCCCUCGAGGACCUCGGAGGAUAAUCUUUCGCCCUUACAAUCGGUUCCGGACGAGGGAUCCGGAGUCUUGCACGAGCUCCGGGAGGAGGAUGACCAUCUAGACUCGCGAGAGUCCACGCGGCGCAACGAACGCGGCUAUCCUAACGGACCGAUCCAAAUUUACGAUUCGGGGGUUUACCUCUAUCUCGAGCCGACGGCUCAAGAAGCCUCUCAGUUUGACGUUGUCGUGAACGUGGCGAAAGAAGUGGCGAACCCAUUCACCAACACGAACACCGACAACGGCACCGUCGUGAGUACUUUGCGAAAUGCCUCGACCAGCUCGAAGCGCAUGUCUACCGCGGAGCCGCGAACCGCCGCUUCCGAAGUGUCGUUCAAAUCUGCAUUCGAGUACCCUCAAAGUGAUACCGACUCGCCCGCCACGCCGCGUUCCGAAUCUGGUCCGGAAUAUGUGCAUGUGGAUUGGGACCAUAACUCGGAGAUCCUCGAUGAUCUCUAUCCGCUCUGUGAAUUCAUCGAUACUCGCAUCGCAGAGGGCAAAAAGGUGCUGGUGCAUUGUCAGCUCGGCGCCAGUCGGUCGGCCUCCUUGGUGAUUGCCUACGGUCUCUAUAAGAAUCGCCACUUGGAUUUCAACUCCAUGUACGAAAUCGUCAAGGGGAGGAGUCAGUGGGUCGGGCCGAAUAUGAGCCUGAUCUACCAAUUGACGGAUUUCCGCUCGCGUCUCCUUCGUGGGAGCCCCUCCAGGCCGGCGCGUGAAGAGUGGUUUAUCCGCGGACCACGCCGGAGCUCCGAGCCUCAAUUCCCACGAUCGGGGCGACUGGGUCAUCCGGAGGUUUUCACGCCGGGUUGCCUCAGCGGCGACUCGGACGCUGGGCAGUCACCAUCGAAUGGUCUGUCACAGGCAUCUAUGAGCUCUCUCUCUGUACCCUCCACCAAUCAAACCACCCCUACUUCCGCAGAAAGUUCCAGUUUCUCCAAGCCACUUUCGCACAAGCGAAGUCUAUCGCCGCGGCCAUUGCCUCUGCGACAGACGACCUUCCACACUCUGGACUCGUCGUUCCGGUCCAUGCGGCCCAGCUUUGCCACCAAUCCAUGGCUCCCCGAGGGCGGACCCUACUCCUUGGCCAAGACCGACCUCUUCGUGCGCAAAGUUCCUGAAGAGCCAUCGGAGUUAUUCUCGCCCCGAACCACUGGGUUUAUGGCAGCUCCGUCGGCACCCUCGAUAUCUGACGUCCUUGAGGAUGACGGACCUAAUGGUCUAAAAUUCCGGACAAGGAUAGCGGAUCCUCGGUCGCCUCCGCCUGGAAACGAGCGUCUGAUUAUGAGAAACAUUGACGAAUUUCUGUAG